CAAGUAAAGAAAAGAAAAAGAUUAUGUGUGCGUAAAAAUAAUAUCAAAAUAUUUUGUUUUGUUUUGUAAAAGAAAAUUUCAACCCCAACGGGAUCUUUAAAACACUCGAAGAUCUUUUGGUAAUUAAUCUUUCACAACUAUCAUUUAUCACAAAAUUUCACGAACGUUCGCGUGAAAUUGUUUGCUGAAAAUAUUAUCCCUCGGUGAUCGAAAAUGGCAAACAUUCAAGAAUUAAACGAUUCCAUAAAUUUGUACAAAGCACAGCUGGAGCAAGUCGACUGUACUUUGGCCACUACAACGUCUGAAUCUGAACGCAAUGAGCUCGAAAACCUUAGACGGGACCUGGCCGAAUUACUACAGUUAACCCUUGAAACCCUGAAGCAUCAGACUGAGGCAAUCCCAAAAGCUGACAACAGUACAGAAUUUUCGGCCGAAGACCCAAAUAAUGACGAGUAUGCUUCGUUCAUGGCUGAAAUAAGUGCUUUGGACGCACCAGUCACGGGUAAACCCUGCCAAACAGCUUCCACCCUUGACGGUACGGAUGAUGUAAAUAAGGAAACGAAUUCGAACCUUGAGGACACCUUCCAGCAAUUAGUGGGAAGCAAAUGUUCGGCUCCACAUGUUCAUAAGUGGGGCUCUAAGAUGUAUCACAAUGCUAUGAUUUGUAGUUUUGAUUCUACGGACGUAACUAAUGUAACGGUAAAGAUACUGUUCAUUAACCCGACUCACCAAGAAAUGAUACCCUGCAGUUACUAUCUGGAAGGAGAAUGUAAAUUUGACGAUGACCGAUGUCGUUAUUCACAUGGCGAAAAUGUAACAUUUGACGAACUUAAAGAUUAUCAUGAACCUAACUUUGAACUAUUGAAAAAGAAACAUCCAAAGGUUCUUGUCAAACAAAAGAACAAGCUCUGGAGUAAAGGGACAGUGAAGGAGGCGGAUUUUAAGAAUAAGACUUGCGAAAUACUGCUCGAGGAAGGGAAGAAAGCCGUAGAAGCUCCAUUCGAAAACAUUUUUCCUCUGAAGGAUCAAGAAGAAACGGACGAUAGCUCAGAUAAUGGAAGCGAAAACGAAGAUGAUGAUUUGACAGCCAUGAGAAAUGCACACAUCAUUCAACAAAGUCUUUUGAAUCCUGUUCCAUCACAGAGGUUGGGUGAAUGGGAGAAGCAUACACGUGGAAUCGGAUCGAAAAUUAUGCAGAAAAUGGGCUACGUCGUGGGAGCUGGUCUCGGUAGCAGGGGUGAAGGUAGAGUGGUUCCGGUUUGCGCUCAAGUGUUACCACAAGGAAAAUCGUUGGAUUACUGCAUGCAAUUGAGGGAAAAAUCUAACGGUAAUAGCGACUUAUUCAGUGUGGAGAAAAAAUUGCUACGUGAACAAAGAAUUCAGGAAAGAAGGAAUGCAAAUUUCGCUAGGCGUAACAACAACAAAUCAGAUGUGUUCAGUUUUAUAAACACUCAAAUUCUAGGUGGAGGAGAAGAAGCAUCUAAAUCAGUUGGAAGUAGCAGCUCCAAGAAAAAUAAUUUAGACAUUCCAAGUUGCUCUUCGAAAAACCUCAACGUGGCAAGUUUGGUUCUCGGUGAGCAGACAAAGCGAUUAGAGUUGGACAUAGUUAAACUAUCGCAAUCCUUGAGUAGACAUCAACCGGGAUCUGUAAUGCAUACCAAUCUUAACAAGCAGAUUUCAGCUAAACGGAACGAAAUUCGCCAGAUUCAGGAGACAGAAGUAUCAAUUUCUCGAGAACAACAAUUGAGAUCCGACAAAAAGAAGAUGACUGUGUUCUAGAAAAGUUCAAGAUUAUGGAACAAUUUCCUACCUAGCUAUUAAUUUUCUCUACCAAGCAUUUUAAGUUUGUUAAAAAUUUAAAGCAAAAAGAUGUUUUUUGAUUAUUUCUCACGAACCAUUCUUACCUAACAAUAAGAAAAAAAAAAAUAAGCAGGAACACAACAUUACAAAUUUCAGUCACAGCUUGAUCCUCUUUAUUCUUCUACAUAGGUAAUACAUAACAUAGAAAUAUUUAUUGAAUCAGUAACUAAGUGAACUAACUUAAAGCUGUACACAACACAGAAUUGUACUUAAAAUUAAAAAAAACUAAGAAAUUUCUAAAAUCCUACGUUUGAGAAAGUAUAUAGUGUAGCAUUAACUAAUCACGAUAUAGAUGGUCAAAACUGGGAAGUAUGAUGUUUGGCAUUAUUUCAUUUGGCAAAUGGCCAUUUGUAUAAUGCCAUGUGGCUUAAAGGCCAUUUGACAUAAAGGCUUUUUGGUAAGAUUUUAUUUUUUCGUGUGGUCAAGAUUCACUUUUUAGACAGAGUCGCAAGUUUUCUUAAGCCUAGUCCACACUAGGCAACUUGGACUUGGCGAUUUCGGUUGCUGAGACUUGUUUAAGUUUACAUCUUGGUUGCUGAAUGUCUCCCAUAUUUGUUGGGAGACUUGAGACGAGACGAGAUGCAAAUGUAAACAUAAACAAGUCUCAGCAACCGAAAUCGCAGUCCAAGUUGCCUAGUGUGGACUAUAUAGGCUUUAUUUUUAAGUUUUGCGCCAUUGCUGCAAACAUCGAGGAUGCAGAGACACUAAAUAAAAAAUUGGAAUUUUGAGGGAAAGUGAAUGAACUAGCUUGUGAACAAUUAAAUUACUGUUUAAAAAUCGCUUGGACUUUUGGUCAGUUCUUUUAUCAAUGCAUUAAAAGAUUAUUUAACUGAGAA